CCAGAAAGCUGUGAUCUUACAUCCUGGUGGUGAUGAUGGAAAUCUGUGGACUACAACAAUCACUGUGCCUAAAGGAGUUAUUUCCAAGUACCGCUACUUCAAAGGCUUCUUUCUAGAACCGAAGCUCAUCAGCAGGAAAAUCACUAACAGGUUCUAUAGUUUGUUUUGUUUCACUAACACUGAAAGAGUGUCUUAAACACUCUCAAGAUUUUGUGUAUCAGUUUCCCUAUAUUUGUGUUCAGACCCUUAGAAGUAGCCACAAGGCAUAAGUGGGGACAAGCCAGCCCUACAUGCGAGGUAAUAGUUGCCUGUGUGCUAAUUUAUUCAUGCUUUGUAAGUCAUACUUGAAAUUUAAGAAACUGAAGUUACUCCUGCAGCAGUAGCAGCAAUAAAAAUGAAUGAUGAUUGUAGAAAUGAGCAGUUUAAGGAUUCUCUUUCCCUUGUGUAAUAUUAUAUUUCCCAAAAUGUGGUGCUACAAAGGUAUUGUUUCUAUUAUUAACAAUGGCUUUAUUACAGAUAAUGAGAUCAACCAAAUGUGUAACUGAAGUAACAUUUCCAAGUUUGCUUUUCUUCACUAACAAACCCACUUUUCAGAUUUCAACCCAUGUUGGCUGACUGCCCUAGAGGGGGGGGACUGGUGACUAUGAUGACUCUAAUUCUUUUCUCACACUCCCAAAACAGCAUGGAUGCCAAGACUGAAAAGUAGUUCAAUGUAUCUGAUUUGAAAACCCUAACAUUGUACCAAACAUUGGAAUUGCAGAGUGCAGGUGGCCCCUGUCAAGUGAUAGUCAAUAUGUGGGAGACCCAUCAUCAGCCCCGCACGAUGAGCCCCACAGCAUCGCACCAGAAUAUUGAUGACAGAGAAUUUGGAAUUCAUAAUGAGGUGAAAUGUGUUGACUCUGGCUGGCUGACGUGCCAGACAGAGAUUCGCCUGCGUCUGCACUAUUCUAAGACGUCUCCGGUGUCCAUCACCAAGAAGAAAUACAAGAAGUCUCGCUUCAGAAUCAAGCUGACAUUGGAGGGCGUAGAGGAGGAGGGAGACGAUGAAGAAGAUGCGCUCAGUCCUACAUCAUGUCACAAAACAACUACUCUGGAGAUCAGCAUGAUCAGUGCCGAUGGAUACAAGUCACGCCACUCGCAGCCUGAAUGUGGGUAUGCACUUGAGCCCUCCCAGUGGACCGAGUACAGCAUCCACACCAUGGAUCCAGACAACCUAGAGCUCACCUUUGAGUUCUUUGAGGAGAAUAUGGGUGAGCAUGUAGUCCAGGGUGAUGCUCAUUCAGGACACGUGGGCACCGCUUGCCUCCUCUCCUCUUCUUUCGCGGAGAGUGGUAAAGAUAACGGAGUAGCCACGCUUCCCAUUAUGGGCCGUAAUUCCAGACAGACCAUCGGGAAAGUCAGAGUGGAUUAUCUGGUGAUCCGACCCAUCAAGGGGUUGCAGUGCGACAUGAGCUCGUCGUUCACCCGGUACUGGAAGAAAAGAAGUGCUCUGGAUGUGGGUCACAGGGGAGCUGGCAGCACACACGCAGCCAAGCACCACAGAGUCAGGGAGAACACAAUUGCCUCAUUUAAAAGUGCUGCUAAGCAUGGUGCAGCCUAUGUAGAGUUUGAUGUCCACCUCUCCAAGGAUGCUGUUCCCAUUGUGUAUCAUGAUCUAACAUGCUGCAUAUCCACCAAGAAGAAAAAUGACAAGACAUCUCUGGAGCUUAUUGAGGUGCCAGUCAAAGACUUGACAUUUGAUCAGCUGCAGCUUCUGAAGCUGGCCCAUGCCACUGCGAUAAAAGGAAACGAUGACAAAGAUCUGCUGGACGAUGAAGAUGAAAUCGAUGAGCAUCAGCCAUUCCCCUCUCUCUCACAGAUUUUCCAAGCUAUUCCAGAGCAUGUGGGCUUCAACAUCGAGCUCAAAUGGAUCUGUCAGAUGAAGGACGGGUCAUGGGACGGCAACCUAUCAACCUACUUCAACAUGAACACCUUCCUCGACAUUGUCCUGUCCUGUGUUCUGCAGAAAGGUGGAAAAAGGCGCAUUGUCUUCUCCUGCUUUGACCCAGAUAUCUGCACAAUGGUGCGUCAGAAGCAGAACAAGUACCCAAUUCUCUUCCUGACUCAGGGAAUUUCAGACCGGUAUCCUGAGCUGAUGGACAUACGCUGCCAGACCACUCAGAUAGCCAUAAGUUUCGCCCAGAGUGAGAAUAUUCUGGGUAUCAGUGGCCACACCGAGGAGCUGCUUAAGAACCUCUCCUACAUCGGAGAUGCCCAGUCUAAAGGCCUGGUGGUGUUCAGCUGGGGAGAAGACAACAACGACCACGAGAACAGAAGGAAGCUGAGAGAGCAGGGAAUUGAUGGGCUCAUCUAUGACAGUAUCUGUGAGGACCAAGGAGAGCAGCCCAACAUCUUCCAGGUAGAGGAGCAACACACCCUGGGGGAGGUUAUUACAGAGGAGACCCUAAAGAGCUCCUCCUGUUCCUGCUACUCUAUGACUCCCUGCUUUGCCAACAAAGCCCGCACUGGAAGCGCUGAGUCCGACUCUGGCCUCAGCUCUUCAUAAAUUUCCACCUUUCAGUGGACAUCAGUACACUCAAUAGGAUCAGCGAGGUGAUGGAUCAUUCAACAGAAACAUUGCUCCAAAAUGUCAUCUUAGGUUUGUGUAUAUAUUCUGAAAUUGUCCCACAACUGUGACAAUACUAACAACCAUCUUCACUUCACUACACUCCACUCUACGCAAUGACAGGUUUAGUCAGUUGUCAUGUAUCUUCACUUAAGUUUUGUUAUUUAUGCAUUUAGUUGAAAUAGAUAGACAUUUUGCCAAAAUAUGAAGCCAGCCAUACACAGGUUUUUUAUUUUUCCUCCCUAUUUAGGGAUCGGAACAGGCUGUACAGAGGUGACAUAAUAGUGGAACAAUGUCAAAUUGGUAAAUUAUGUGUGCAAAGUGCUAAAUGUUAAUGCGUGCUGUAUUAUACAGGUGCGAAAGUGACUGUACAAUGUCAUAGUUUAUGAUGAUGCAGGAUUAAGAUGUUUUUCGGUUUCUGUCGCUGUCCUUUUCGUGCACAUAGCCAUUGCAGAGCGUCUAACCUAUCCAUUAUUGGACCAGGUGCACAUGCGACAUGUAGUACAAGCAGAUGUGUAUUGCGGUGGUGGUGCAGGUUGUCAAUAAUGAAUGCUGUAGGUGAAUGGACUCCAUGACUGAUUAAUCUGCUCUAGAAUGGACUGUUGAAAGCCCUCGCUGCUCCUCUCCAACCCCACCUGCUCUUUGCCUUUUAAGUAUUAUUAGCUUUUUAUUGUAAAGUAAAUACAGCAAACUGGAUGUACUGUAACAUUGAUCCUUUUUAUCUACUUGAUUUAAGGAAAAGAAUGUUUUAUUGCGACAGUGCACACAUAUAUCACAGCCUCAAAGGGGGGAAUGGAUGUGUUUCUUGCCUUUUGCCUCAGAAUAGCCAUGACCUAACUCAUCAUCUAUUAGAAUAGAACUGACUUGAGAUGUUUGUACAGAAUGAACAAAUACUUCCUGUAAAUCCUGUUCAACCUCACAACACCGAUACCUUUUAUCGCAUCGCAGACUAUUUUUGGGCACAAAACUUAAACUUGUCUGUAAAGGUGCUGCUUAGCUUAAUGUAAUGGUAAUGCUGCAUUCUGAACACAGCAAAACAGAUUAUAGUAUGCUACCUGCCUGUCUCAUCGCACAAUCUCCGAACUCCAAACUCUUAUGACGUGAGUUAUGCAUGGUCUGUAUAUGUGUCUGUAUGAAUACCCAGGGAGAAUGACUGAAACAAGUGAGCAUUAUAAGCUAAUGUUUCAGCUGAGUGUAAAUUUGAAAUGUAAAUAAAAUCAGAACCUGUAUUUGUUGA